GAGGGUAACUUUUCAUGAGGGGAGUAUCACUAGACUGCCGCGGGCACCGAUUUAGACACCCUUGUACUAGUUGGUCGAUAGAUCAAAUUGUUGACAUAUUUUUAUGACAGUUCGCGACUGUUAAAACUACAAUUGAGAAAAACGUUACACCCGCAUGAUUACCAUGGGUGAACCUCUUACUUUAGCAAAUGAUGUUAAGAGAUCUAUUGAGUUAUUAGAUAAAUUACAGAAAGGAGGUGAAGUACCUGCAACAAAAUUAGCUGCCUUACAAAAAGUUUUACAAAGUGAUUUUCUCAGUGCUGUGCUUGAAGUAUAUGAACAUGUAUAUGAAACAUCUGACAUUGAGGCUUCUCAAGAUGUCCGUGCAUCAGCUACCGCAAAAGCAACAGUUGCUGCUUUUGCUGCAAGUGAAGGCCAUGCACAUCCAAGAAUUGUGGAAUUACCAAAAACUGAAGAAGGUCUUGGAUUUAAUGUAAUGGGUGGUAAAGAACAAAAUUCACCCAUUUACAUUUCACGAAUUAUUCCUGGAGGUGUUGCCGAUCGUCAUGGUGGUCUGAAACGGGGUGAUCAACUUCUUUCAGUGGAUGGAGUGUGUGUUGAGGGUGAAAAUCAUGAGAAAGCUGUGGAAUUGCUAAAACAGGCACAAGUUUCUGUGAAAUUAGUUGUGCGUUACACACCAAGAGUUUUGGAGGAAAUGGAAUUACGGUUUGAUAAACAAAGAGCAGCUCGUAGUAGGCGCCAACAAAUGCAAUAAAAAUAAAAAUAUGUAUGUGUGUCAUUACAUUCUCCUUGAUAAAUGAAUUACACAUGUAUUACCAUCA